CAUGGAUUUACGGAACUGCACAUGCGCAUUGACGAAGUGAGCAGUUCCACCCCGUGAUUUAAAAAGCUACAGGGAGCAUCUUCAAAAAGUCUAGGACCCAUACGGUCAAGAAGGCAAACGAGACACGUACAGUGCCAAUUCCCAGUCAUUUCAAAUACACCUCAGUGAAUCUGCAGUGUGUUCACUAUGGACAGCCACGCAUCCGAUCUACUGGGGUGAGACCCAAACAGAGGUUUCUCUGGUCUCCAGGUAUCUUGCAAUGGGUUGUGAGGCCUGCAUCACAAUUCAUUUUGACCCAAACAAGAGCCGGUUGUGUGUCACUGCCUACCAUCUCGUACACUCUGGCCACAUCUUGGAUCCAGAACUUUUACGGCAUCUUGGCCUGUCUUUGGAACGAUUGGCUCCUGACUAUCGCCAGUGCAGAACACAGCAACCCAUAGCAGGUGGUCUAUCAGUUGUAGAGCAGCAGCUCUUCUCUCUCACCACUGACGAGAAACACAGUUUACUGAUCACCAGAUGGAAACAGCUGUCGCAUGCCAUGUUGCGGAGUGGCACAAAGCGUUUCCGUAGACAACUGGACUGGCUGGAUCGGCAAAUUCAACGUUGGCAGCAAGGGAUGGAAGAGGAUAUAGAUAUUGAUGAGAAUUAUGGGCCCAAUGAUGUGCCACUCAAUCGGCAAGAUGCACCUCGAGAAAUUGUGGAGCACUCGUAUGCCCGUCUGCAUCUAUCCCCAGCUGUCCCUCAGGGAGGGACAGUUACCUCAGGCAUCAGCAAAAGAAGCAUUGCCACACAAACGUACACCUCCACAUGGAGUCCCACCCAUGAGACAACUGUUCAGACACUGCUGAGGCUUCAUGAUUUUCGCUUACCAUCAAUUAAGCAGCAAAGACGACCAAAGGGAUCAUGUGCUGAGGAAACAUUCAGUAGGAAGAGGCAGCAUACCAAAAGAAAACCAAAGGGAACAUGUAUUGACAGUGUUAAUGUCAUCAUCCCUGCUCUGUCCACUGAGCCAGGGUAGCAUCAAGGACAGUAAGCAUGUCAAACCAGCAGAGACUAUGAGGAAAUCCCUGACCAGUUGCAAGGAAGACGCCUCUGCAGCACCUCACCAGUCACAAAGAAUAAUGCCCUGGCUACGAUAAGGAUGAUGCAGCCCCCAACUGCCAUGAGUACAUUCGCCUUGCCACCAGGAACUGCCCUCUUUUACCACCAGGAAGAUGUUGGCUUAAGGAGGACACCAGCCCAGCCCAUCAGAAAGAU